AUGUCUUUUCCCGCUCGCUCGACCUCGCCACGCGCGCGAAGGGCAUUACACGAGCGUACCCCCUCUCACUCAAAUGAAAGAUCACCAACCCGGUCAUUGCGGAUGGUGCCGGAUGAAGAGCUCGAUAUGUACACCGCGACCCCAUUCCCGACCAAGCCCGAGCAGAUCCUGUUACCUCUCCCCGGCAAAGGUCAACAACAAUACAUAUCAGACAUCGGUUUCAGCUAUUCAGAUCACCACCUGGGACCAUCCACAUCAGCGUAUUCCCCGCCGACCUUCAGCCCACCAGCACCCAACAGCCCGAGAGAUCACUCAAUUGGUAGCUGGGAUGUAUCCUCCACCGUGGAUACCGGUAACUCGCCUCCGCAGUUGUGGGACGAUGACCCAUCCUCUAGCAAGUCAUCGCUGCCAGGCGUCUCGGGGAAAGCACCAGACUAUGGAUCCGAGAGUUCAGAAGCCGAGUUCUCAGAUGACGAGAUGAUGGUCUUGCCGACGACCACCCCAACUAUAAAAGCCGUGCUCUCCGAGCCAUCCAUGUCGCCAAAGUCCUCUGCAGAGUCCGUAGGCUACUCCAGCCCCAUCCUCGAACAAAUCGGGGCCCCGUCAAGUCCCAACUUUGUGAUGCUGGAUAACUCGAGUAUGAACUUCCACCGUCCGGCUACAGCAUCCUCGGAGUCAGACCCACGAACGAACUCGCUCUCUUCGUAUAACUCACGAGGAACCGUCGUCAGACACGUGGGCUCUGCACCCUGGUUCCAGAACGCCUUCCAGCCAGCCUCAUCCGAGCAUUCGAGCUAUGCAUCCCCGUCAUUCCACUCCAGCCCGCCCGCGCAGUCCAUAGCCUCAUUCCACUCGAGCCCGCUCGCGCAAUCCAUAGCCUCGUUCCACUCGUCAUCUAGGGCACCAUCAGGCAGCCGUUCCCAAUCAGCGACAUCAUCUUCGCGCAGCCUCCGCUCCGCUUCUGACUUGCAGGCAGCCAUCGAUAAUGGCGUUCCUAUUCAAUACCCACGUAUUCGCGCGCCAUCAUCUUCAAGCUCCCGCGCCGGCACAUCAGUUUCCUCAGAACGCGACUUCACCCCCGGCCCUGCAUCCGGACGUUGCAAUCCCCACUUGGCAUCAGGACGCUGGAACCCGCAUCUAUCAACAGUCUCCUCCAUCUGGUCCGCCGAUGAAGCGACCAACCUCGCCGGCGAGCCAGACACAGACUCAGACCGCGAAAUGGCAGAGCCAACCCCACCACCACCAGCAGCCCUAGCAACAGAAACAACCAGAUCCUCCGUCUGGCUCGUCGACCCCUCCAACGACAGCGAAGACGAACGCCUCGACAGCCUAACCAACCUCCCCACCCGCACAAUCUUCUCCCAAAGCCUCUCCUCCGGUUCAAAGCGAAGCAACAGCACCCGCAGCCUCCAACGCCCAGGCACAGGAUCAAGCACAAUCCUCAACAUCCUCCCAACCUGGGCAAAAGUCUACUACCUCCGCGAACCAAUGGGCCUAAACUCAACUCUAUCCAUGAUAGACGCCUCCCGUCCACCAUCAACCCGUCCCGGAACUUCAAACUCAAGCGUCUUCAACCUAGUCCCAGGACCCCUCAACAUCCCCCGUCCCCGCUCCCCAGAACGAACAACCAGACCACCCUCCCCACAACGCAACCCCAUCCCCCAACGCCGUAUAGAAAGUGACCCCCGUGAUCCACGCGCCCACUGGGUCCCAUCCCCACAACCUGAAGACGGCGAGUUCACUGGCAGCCACCUCCACCGUCUCCGACACAGCUGGUCCCCACAUCUCAUCCCAGACAAACGUGUUUUACAGCGCUCGACGAGUCGAUGGCGACCGCCAUCCCUCGACUCCCGCUACGAACCUGUCCUCGGCCGUCGAAAUAUCCAGGUCUAUUCUUUCUGCGUGGGGUUCAUUUUCCCGCCGGCGUGGUGUGUGGCCGCAUUCCUGCCCCUGCCGCCUAAACCGAAGGUCGCGCAGAUGGUCGAGUUUGAGGCUGGUCCCGAUGUUGGGAUGGCGCUUGAGGCGCAGUGUGUUAAUUUGCAGCAGAGGAGGAGGGAUAAUGCACGUUGGUGGAGGAAUCUUAAUCGGUGGAUGAUUUCCCUUGGAGUUGUUAUUCUGGUUGUUAUUAUUGUCUUGGCUGUUAUUGGGACUACCACGGGUUUUUAG